AUGAGUCACUCUGGGGUCACCAGAUCAGGGAAUGCUGAUCUCAGUUCUGGAUUCUGCGGUUUAAGUACAAGUGCGCUGCGUAAGCAUGCAGGGAAUGAGGAGAGCCCACUGUCCAAUGAGCGAAGUCAUGGCUAUGGACCUAGUGUAACCCACCCUGGACUUCAUCCACAACCAUUUUCAUAUGCAAAGUUGGAUUUUGUGAUUGUUUCAGUAAAUCAAGUGGGGGGACUUGUGUCGAACACUGAAUACUGGUUUCGCAUUCGUGGCUGCUCAGCUGUUGGAUGUGGAGAGAGUACUGAACCUUUGGCUGCUACAAUACCUGCCAUUCUUCCACCUGAUCAAAAAGCACCUUCCAGUGAAUUUUAUCUCAUCCUAUGCUUGGUUACGGCAUUUUUUCUACUCACAAUCAUUGGAGUUGCAUCUAUGUAUGCAGUCAAAGUCCGCAACAUCUCAUCAUCUCCGCGGGUUUUGGCUUGCAAUGGAAACGGCCACAUCAAUGGCAAACGCAAUACACAGGUUGUCAAAAUAGGGCAGGCAGAUGGACAGGCUGAUGGAGAUUGCCAAGAGAUGGAAGUAUACAUCCCAAUGCUAACACAGAUACCCCCAGACUUCAAGUGCACUCCACUGGAUACAAAGGGAGGAUAUCCAGAGACUCGUAUGAAUGGAAUGAAUAACCCAAGGUGCAAUGGUUUCGUUGUCAGAAACCGAGAUCACCUGCAAGCAGUUCCUCAUGCAGAGACGAAGGGUUUGUCGUCAGAGGAGAGCGAACGGCUGGUGAUAGGUGCCAGUAGCAGCAAUGGUGCCAUGAGCAUGAGUGUCCUCCCCCAAGUUUAUCAAAAUCAUAGCCAAGAGCAGAGGGAAGCUGAACAAGGUGGCAGUGAGCCAAAUCAUUCUCAAAGUGGUACAUUACCUCCAUCUCCACGACACGAACACAACCAUAGUGGAGCCUCACAAACUGGGCUUGCCAAUCUCACUAACCUCACUACUCUAAGUACCACGGAAAGUGAUGUGGAGAUGGAACCGGAGAAAAUGAUGGCUGAUAGUGUUGGCUCCCAGGAUGCCAGCACUCCAUACCAACACAAUUCCCAUCAUAAUACGAGUGCAACAAAAACAUCAUCCCCGCAACCCCCACUCACAACAGUGCAGUAGCUACGUAGGUGCCUGGGUAUAGUGCCCAGCUACCCACCCUCGCAGGCCCCUAUCACGGAGAGUCUCCUCUGGUCUGAUGCGGGUAUUGA